UUUAUAAUAGGAAGAAAAAAACCUUUUUGAUCUCAUGAAAUAACCGUGUUAAUAAACACAGUUAAAAGCUGAUGGCUAAUUCAUUAUAAAUUCACAGUAAAAUAAAAUGGAAAAACAGUUUCCUGCAAUUUUUGGAAUAAUUACAUUAGUUUUAUUGUGUACUGGAGCUUUCUCUCCCUGGUGGUUUGCCUUUGACACUUCUAAAGUAGGUGCUAAAAUGAGUGGAGAACGCCAUUAUACUUCAGACAGAAUUGAAGUACAUAUGGGAUUAUUUUAUUGUGUUAUUGUAGGGGAAGAUUUUAGAAAAGUUGUGGGGUAUGGAGAGUGUAUUGGAUCAAAAACUAUACCAAUUGGUUUGCUUGAAUACCAGGCAGAAGUUAUCAUUGGAGUUGUAUUAUGUUUAAUAUCAGUCAUACUGACUUUAACCUAUAAAAAAGACGGAACAAAUGGAGUUGUGGUUGCUAUUUUCAUAAUGUACAUUAUAGCAGGAAUAUCUACAUGUUUAGCAGUCGGGCGUUGGGUUACCCGCAUGAUUCAUGUAUCUUUUUAUAUGUACUCAAACAUAGUACCCUUGGGCGUACCAUACUCUUUAAUUUUGAGUGGUAUUGGAGCCUUUUUUUGUGGGAUCCUAAUGAUAUAUGUAAGCCGCAUGUACUGCCAGCACACCACUGCUAGACUAGCCCAAGAGGGGCAGAUAUAUUUUGGUGUUGCAAUGACCGAAUAUCCACAAACGCAGCCGUAUACGGAAGGGCCGCUGCCAUAUAGACAAGGGCCACCGCAAUAUGAACAACACCAGGAGAAACAAAGCAGCGUACAGAACUAUGGUAAUUGUGGAAGCAUACCUCAUAAUGAAUAAUAACAAAAAUGAUUUGUGCGUCAACCAAUCAAUGAAAUUUGUAUAUGAAAAUAUUAAAUAAAAUUAAAUUUACAUUCUAUAUAUGAUAUUCAAAAGCACACAUGUAUAUUUCAUCAUGUUGUAAAGUUAAA